AUGGAAGAUAGAAAUGAAGAGAUUGAACCGUGCAGGAGUAUUGGGCCACAUGAGUUGGACGUCGUGAAAAGCCAGGCGGUGAUUAAGUUGUCUCCCGUGCCAGUGCCCGCCCACUUCAAGCGGCUAGAGUGCAACACCAACUUGAAUCUUCCGCCUCUCAACUGGCUGACAACGUCGCACAGCAGCCAUGGAUUACACCAGGCUCUCUACCAAAGUGCCGGCUUUGCCAGUUUUCGACUGGGCCAGAUGUUUCCUGACUGCGUGGGAGAGGUGGAUGUGGUCAGCGACGCGGAGAAUAUCAAGCAGCUACUCAAGUUGCCUUACAGCGCGAAGAGCGCCAUCAGCAUGGUUGUGCACAAGGUGGGCAACACAUUGCUCCUGGAUGAGUUCGACAUCCAGAAGUAUCUGCUGCGAAAGGCGGAUGACGACUGGAAGUGGCUAAGAUCCUUUAUUCUGGAGCACGUCCUGACCUAUGGAGAUACACAGCACAAUUACUGCCUGAAGGAGCGGUCCCGGGAGGCGCUGCAAACAAAGAAUUUGCUGUCCAAGUUCCUGUAUCACAGCCUGAAGCAAACUGGUGAUGAGCUGGACUACGAUGUGGCCAAUACACCCACACAGCUAACCAGCCGCAAACAGGGAUUGCCCAUCACGGGACCAGUUCUCCCAGAACCGAAAAUAGAGGAGAACGUUCCAGACCCAAAGUCGAGCCAUGCCUUUAAUAGAAACGUGGUCUGGACAUUUGAGGAUAUACGCAUGCUUAUCGGCACAGAUAUGCCCAUAUUUGGAGGACCCAACAGGCCGUGCAUCAGCUUGCGUUUAAGGGAUGCGGCUCAGCCUAUAAAUGUGUUAACCGGAAUCGAUUACUGGUUGGACAAUCUUAUGUGUAAUGUGCCCGAGGUAGUGAUGUGCUAUCACCUGGAUGGCAUUGUUCAAAAGUACGAGAUCAUCAAGACCGAGGACCUGCCGUACCUGGAGAACUCGCAGUUUUCGCCUCAAGUGGUUCGCAACGUCGCACAGAACAUUCUAGCCUUUCUUAAGGCCAAUGCCACCAAGGCGGGUCACACCUAUUGGCUCUUUAAGGGGCGCAACGAUGACGUAGUCAAGUUGUACGAUCUAACUACAUUAUGCCAAAAUCAGGCAUCUGAGAAGUCGGAGGAAGAUCCACCCGAGCAACAGGUUAAUCCCUUCACCGUUCCGGUGGGAAUGCUGCUUUAUUCAGUGGCUCGAAACAUGAAGAACACACUGCCUCAUAUAAGUCCUAAGGCAGCGGGCAAUAUACGUGCACUACUGGAUAACUGCAUCAAGCUGCUGCCCAAGGAACAAUACCCACAAAUCGUGAGCUCUUCCCACUAUAUACUCUCGGAUCUACAUGUGCCGGCGGGCAUCGAUCCAAAGUCGCCCAAGUUUGAGGAAGUGGACUCAGAUGAUCAAUCGUUGUAUGACGACGAUGAAGAGGAGGACGAGGAGGACUAUGAAGAUGAUCUUCUAGACUACUCAAGUGAGAAGAGCUACCAAAGUAGCGAGCAGAGCGGUGGCAGAGCUAACGUGGCUGUGCGUCAUAUAUGCGAUGCCCUAAGAGACUUUAAAUCUCAUGCCAAGAAGUCCAAGCCGGCUCCUCUAAUAGCUACAACUGCUGAGCGGUGUAGCUUUUCAUUGGAGCACAUUAGUGCUGGACUAUCCUGCCUGCAGUAUUUCAAUGGAAGUCAAGAGGAGAAACUAAAGGAAUCGGAGGCAAAUGCCAAACAAGAGGAGAAGCGCCGAAUUCUGCAUGAGGAGCAAAAUCCGAAUAUGGCAAAGCCUUGCAGCGCGAUUCCUUUACCAUACGAGCAGCUUAAAGUGAGCCAGCAGCCAGCACAAGUUGUGAAGAAACCAAACCCCAAAACGCAGGCCAAACGCAGCAAAUCCAAGGAACUCACCACUACUACCAAGUCCAAAUCCGCCAAUGCCAGUAAUCGGCAGAUGAGUGCCAAGUUCAACACACAACACUUUGGCUCCUGGAACGUCCACUUAAAACUUCUGCUGUUAGAAAAGGCCUGCCUGACAUUUGCCACCCUGGCCGAGCACUAUUAUGAAUCCCGCCGGUACGGAUCUACCUUGCGAUCCAUUGAGCUGGCCUGUCGUUGCCAACAAGUGCUCAACAAGUAUAUGGCCAAUGUAGUUUCACAGUACAGUUGCUUGCUAGGCCGGGCGGGUGACUGCUUUUUCCAGAUUUCGAAAAACUGGGAAUCCAUUGAGGAGUACAUCCAGCAGUUUGGGGCGUUGGAUCCCUCAAUGGACUUUAUCGGCGACGAGUUGGCUCAAGAGCUGGAAGGCGAAGAAGAGGAACUGCCCUCCUUGGAGCCUUCCGACAAUGUGGAACAAGUGAUGCUGCACAGCUGCAAGUGCUACGAACAAGCAUUGGAGCAUGCCCAGAAAGCGGAAAGCAAUGAACUUCUUCGGCGACUAGGAAACGUGCGGAACGAGCUGGGUCUUAAGUACAUGUACUGGGCUCAAGAGGAAUACAGUGAGUUAAUGAAGAAGAAGGAGUCCACAAAAGACGCUGAAAAUGACCAAACCGAGGACAGACCAACGGCAGAUCCUUCCGAGCCGUUGUAUGUGAAACUAACAGUCAACUCUUAUGAUUGCCUACGUCGAGGAAUAGAAGCCUUCACUGCCGUGAAAGAUAAUGUCAAUUUGGCCUUUCUAUAUUGCAAUAUUGGUAGAUUUAUGCGCCUGCGCGCCCACCUAAUCAUGCCCAAUGAGAGUGCUAUAACCUUAGAAAGCCAAAAAGCCUUCUACAACGAGGCAUUCAGCUAUUACGAGAAGGCCAAAGAUUGUCUGGAUACUCGUAAAGCAAACCCCGAACUAUGGGACCUCGUCCAUUGGGAAUUAUCCACUGCCACUUUUACAUUAGCUAAACAACUUCAGGACCACAGCGCAGCAGACAAAUCCAGCCUAGUUGACGCCUCCAAAGAAGUGCUGGAAUUGCUUCAGAAAUCGUUGCGACUUUGUGAUGUCGAACACCCUGGUGCACGCCAAGUGCUAUACAGUUUUCGAUCGGGCUUAAUACACAAAAGAAUUGCCUCCUUCCACUACUCGCAGCUGCGUACUCAUGGCUGUUGUGAUUUCUCUCAGCUGCCCAAAUCUACUCUACAGCUCUGUAAAUAUCACUACGAGAAGGCCACCCAAAUUCUAGAGACCCUUAAGGAGGUGGGAGACCUGUUGGUGGUGCAGCUAGAGCGGAUUUCCCUUCAUGAAUUUCUGGCCGAACUUUCCACUCACACCGCACAGAAGAUCAAGCAAAUGCAAGCGGCUUUGGAAAUUUGUUUACAGUGUGAGCUCAUAUUUGCCCACGUCAUCGAUACUAACAGUGGCCAAGUGGCCGAUGACGAGUUUGCCGGCCAUUUGACGCUCUUUGAGAGCCGCCUGCAGAAUGCGCUGAAGACGCUUACGAAGCUCACGCUGGCCGGCAAGGAUCCCAAGCAGUUGUCAAAGCUGUACAAGCGCAUGUAUAUGGAAACCUUGACUGGGAAACAUGGCCUAGGGGCCCAGCAAUCGUCGACAGCUUGCUUAAAGCAUUUGCACAUGCUGCUCGCCCGGCUACGGGCCAUGUGCGAAACACAGCUGGCCCCGCGACCAGCUGUACGUGUCUUCUGAUAGGUUUUGCCCCAGUACCCACAACAGUUCGAAUUGUAUGCAUUGCUCGUCGCUUGUUUAUUGAUGUAACAUCUCAGCCCCGCCGCCCGCAGCCGCAUUCAUCGCUCUCCAAAUGAUCUGCUCCGAUCUGCAAAGCAGCCAACACAAGCAGCACAGCCAGCUGUAGGAUCUGCAGAUUGAAAUUACCAUUAAUGUGUCCAUCCCGAUGAAACCAUAAUCAUCCCAUCUCACCUUGCAACGCAGACUACUCAUUUUGUAAGCGUUUGGAGUCAGUUUUCUGAUCUGGUCAUCGGCAGCUCGGCUCUUAUAAAGUCUGAGGGCCCUGGCCCAAACGUGUCGUUUAUCUAGAUUAGCCUCCGCUAAAUAUCUUGUUCAACAAGCUAGCUAUAUCGGACUUGCGAUGGAUGUUCAGAUCCGUCAAUCUUGGCUUGAGGUUUCAGCCGACUUACAUUUGCAUUGCAUUGCGAAUAAUGUUACUAUUUAAUAUUUAUCGUGUCGUCGUUGGCUAGUUCCAGUUCCCAGUCUUAUAAUAAUAUUUUUACUUAAUUCCUAAGAGCAAAGCAACUAGUUAAAAUCCCAAUAAAGCAAUCUUGAAGAGAAAAUGCAUACGGAGAAAGAUCGUUUUC